AUGGUCGGGCCCGAGGGAGUCGUCUAUGCCGUGGAGUUCUCUCAUCGCUCCGGGCGAGACCUCACAAACAUGGCGAAGCGACGCCCGAAUGUGGUGCCCAUUGUCGAGGACGCAAGACAGCCACAGCGCUACCGAAUGCUUAUUGGCAUGGUGGACGUGAUCUUCUCCGAUGUGGCGCAGCCGGAUCAGGCGCGUAUCGUUACGCACAAUGCCGGCUUCUUCUUGAAGAACAACGGCUGGGUCAUGAUCUCCAUCAAGGCCAACUGCGUGGACUCCACGGCGGCCCCUGAGGCUGUCUUUGCCAUGGAGAUCGACAAGCUGCGCAAGGAUGGGGUGAAGCCCAAAGAGCAACUGACCUUGGAGCCCUAUCAUCGUGACCAUGCCCUGGUUGUCGGUGUUUACCGGGCCAGCAAGAAGAAGAAGGAGUGA